UUUGUGUUCAUUGUGAACUUGCUUAUAUGAAAUUAAUUGCUUUUUUUACCUAUUAAAUUUCUACAAUCUAUACAAAAUAGAUUUGCUGCUAAUGUAUGAUAAAAUUGCUAAAAAUUUAUAACAAAGUAUUAAAUAAAAAUUCAUGGAAUAGUACAAAAUGUACCCGCUUCUGUAAAAUUCGUAGUGAAUUGUGCUUCUAUGGUAUAUGUAACUUGUACACAAUUUAUUAACAAAUCUAUGUAAGCAGAAGGAUUAAUAAUAUGUAAGGCAGGGCAAAUGAUGAAUUAAUUUGGAUUGUCCUUCGCAUAUUAGAAUGUCAGUGAAUCAAGAACAUAAGCUUGAAGAAGACGUGCGUUUGAAAUUACAACAUUUUAAGGAACGUGCUCAAAUUGCAUCAAAUAUUUAACAAUCACAUCCAUUUAUUUACGUCAUCACGUAUAUAAUGUUAAGCAUCUGUAUAUGAUAUCUGUUAAUUGUUGUUUAUAAGGGAAUAGAGCGUAGUAAUGGCUAAUACAAUCGACAAAGUCCGUAUUAUAUUGGUUGGUGAUUCAGGAGUUGGUAAAACCUGCUUCACUCAUUUGAUAGCGCACAACGAAUGUCUAAAUCGCCCCGGCUGGACCGUAGGCUGUAACAUAGAAGUUAAAUUGCACGAAUAUAAAGAAGGAACGUCUCAGCAAAAAUUAUAUUUCAUUGAACUGUUUGAUAUUGGCGGCUCAUUAAGUCAUAAAAACUCUCGUAACGUUUUUUAUACAGCAAUACAUGGCAUAAUAUUGGUUCACGAUUUAACAAAUCGCAAAAGUCAUGGAAAUCUACGUGAUUGGUUAUACGAAAUUUUAAGCAAAGAUGGUAAAAACACAUACAAAUCUAGUUCUGUGAUGGGUGGAAUCACUACCGAAUCUAAUGGUUUCGAUCCUGAGGAAUUUAUAGGCGCCACGCAAAUACCCAUACUAGUAGUUGGUACAAAACUGGAUUUAGUCGAUGAAAAGCGUCACCCAAAAACGGUACAAAAGGCGGGCGGUAUAGGUAAAACUGAGCAAUGUGGGGCGGAAGAAAUAUGGCUAAAUUGCCGUGAUCCACGUAGCAUAGCUGCCGGGACGACGGACGCUGUGAAACUAGCACGUUUCUUUGAUCGGGUGAUCGAAAAGAAACAGCACUCCCGCGAUUGCGGCUUUUUUGGAUCAUCGUCAGCCUUUGAUAGAAGGCGUCACCAAACAUCUCCAGCUUCCUUUAGCGAUUCAACUAGCAAUAUGCAACAGUUUGAAAUGAAGGGCCAAUAUUCUUCCCGUUUAAUAUCGCCAAACACCUCUCCUACAACAAAUGUUUUAAUCGACCCUCUUAAUCUGCAAUAGCUACCAUACCCUCCUAUUUAAUUGAUAAGAAAAUAACGAUAAUCGCAUCAAAAGUUGUAUGUUUAUUUAAUAUAAAGAAAUUCAAAC